GGCCGGGUGCAUGCAUUGUGGGCCUCCCGACAUGGUCUGCGAGACGAAGAUCGUGGCCGCCGAGGACCAUGAGGCGCUGCCGGGGGCCAAGAAGGACGCGCUGCUCGCCGCCGCCGGCGCCAUGUGGCCCCCGCUGCCCGCCGCGCCCGGGCCGGCCGCCGCGCCCCCCGCGCCCCCACCUGCCCCGGCAGCUCAGCCUCGCGGCGGGGCGGGGGGCGCAGGGCCGCCGGGGGGGCGCGGCGUGUGCAUCCGCGAGUUCCGUGCGGCCGAGCAGGAGGCGGCGCGCCGCAUCUUCUACGACGGCAUCAUGGAGCGCAUCCCCAACACGGCCUUCCGCGGCCUGCGGCAGCACCCGCGCGCGCAGCUGCUCUACGCCCUGCUGGCGGCGCUGUGCUUCGCCCUGAGCCGCUCGCUGCUGCUGACGUGCCUGGUGCCCGCCGCGCUGCUGGGCCUGCGUUACUACUACAGCCGCAAGGUGAUCCGCGCCUACCUGGAGUGCGCGCUGCACACGGACAUGGCGGACAUCGAGCAGUACUACAUGAAGCCGCCCGGUUCCUGCUUCUGGGUGGCCGUGCUGGAUGGCAACGUGGUGGGCAUCGUGGCCGCGCGGGCCCACGAGGAGGACAACACACUGGAGCUGCUGCGGAUGUCUGUGGACUCGCGCUUCCGUGGCAAGGGCAUUGCCAAGGCGCUGGGCCGGAAGGUGCUGGAGUUCGCCGUGGUGCACAACUACUCUGCGGUGGUGCUGGGCACGACGGCUGUCAAGGUGGCUGCCCACAAGCUCUACGAGUCGCUGGGCUUCAGACACAUGGGCGCCAGUGACCACUACGUGCUGCCCGGCAUGACCCUCUCGCUGGCCGAGCGCCUCUUCUUCCAGGUCCGCUACCACCGCUACCGCCUGCAGCUGCGCGAGGAGUGACUGCCGCCGCUCACCUGCCCGCCACCCCGGCCGCCCUGCCCGCCUGCCCGCCUGCCCGCCGCCCGGCGCGGCUGCUUUCAGACGCUCAUCUUGGCGUUUGUGUUGGGUUUUCCCUCUUCAACAUCCUGCGGUUCUCUGGCUGGUUCUGAGGGGUGCGGGGCUGCUGCUCUUCCGCGAUACUUCGGUGGGGGGGGGUUUGUUCGUCACCACCGCCCCUCACCCUUCCCCACCCACCCGGGCGACUUGCCACGCCUUGAAGAGUGGCAUCUUGGACCAUCGCGGCUGUCCUUGAAGCUGCCCUGCCCGCCGCCACUGGGGGAGGCCCAGCCUUGCUCACCAAGCACAGAACCUCUGCGACAGAGCCCCGGGCCAGGUUCCGGCCCUGCCAGCAGCCCGGUGCCACUGCCCAUGGAGGCCCGAGCUGGCACGGCACUGCUUUGCUCUGCGCAUGCCGAGGGUGUGGCCCGGACCAGCAUGCCGCAUGCACACAGCCCUGCCCUGCUCAGACUGGACCCGGAGACCCGGGCCGGUGAGCGCCUCUGUCCCCAGCCCGGGACUGGCCAUGGGAGGGCCUGCCCCCGCCCCAACCCCUCGGAGGGCCUGGCCUGCCCCACGCUGCCCGGCUCUGUCCUCGUCUGCUUUGCUCUGACAUCUCACUGCCUUCCUUUCCGCUGGCUCCGGCCCCUCCCUUGCCUGGGCUUAGCUGGCUGGCGUCAUCACCCAGGUGGCUCCCAUGGCAUCCGUGGCACAGCCAGGGUGGGGGUCUGAGGGACCCGUCUCCCCAGUGCCCACUGGAUCGCGGUGGCCUCUCCCAGAUGUCCCCAGGGACCUCCCGCCUCUGGCUGAUGGUCCACCCUGUGAAUCUUACCAGCCCAGGCCGCUGCCUACAGCGCCCAGCCCACAGCUUCUCCCAGCCUGAAACCAACCCGUUUUCUAAUAAGUUAUUUAGACAGAAUAGCACUCUGCAUGACUUAUUCUUGGGACAAAACGGUAGUUUGUACCCUAAGACACAGUGUCUGGCCCAGUGUGAUGGGGAUGGGUGGCCAGGUGGGUGGAGUGUUCUGCAGUUGGAAAUCUGGAGGGAGACCCUGAUUUGGUGUUAUUUCCCGCCACGGAGCAUGCCUGCCGGCCCUGGCCUGCAGGGUGGGCAGGGUGGGGGGCUAGGGAGUCCACAGCCUCCAGGAGGAGGGGCAGGGCGCUGCCUUGGGCUGGGUGGGAAGAGGGGUGGCCGCCUCAGCUCCCACUGGUGGUGCUCCUGGUCUCUCCUUCCUGAGGUCACAGGCAGGGGCUGUCCUGGACGGGGGGCGGCCUGCAAGGGGAGACAGAGGCAGAGGGUGCUGCACGUCCAGCCUAGAGGUGGCAGGAGGAGAAUAAAGGCUUGCCCAGACCCCUCUGUGUGGGGAAUUGGGGAGGUGUGUGGCAGGCAGGGUGGGCCACAGAGCUGGGCCCUGGGCACCAAGGCCACGUGCAGGGCCACGGAGGGACCUUCUUCACGAGGCGCCUCAGAAGUGAGCAAAGGGAUGGAGAAGCCCCGUGUCCGAGGGCCUUUUGUCCUGUUCGCAAUUGAGGUGUGCAGAGCACUGUACAGCCCCUCCCCCGUACACUCCUCCCUGGAGGGGCCCGGUUCCCGCUCGGGGAUGGGAGUUUUGUAGACUGUACAGAAAUCGGCACCCUAUUUUCUUGCAGCUCAGAUUUUGUUAAUCUGGAAUAUACAGACAGACGUAAAGUGUUUUAGCAAAAUGGAAACA